GGGUCCACCAUCGCGUCUUAUCAGUGAGGUCACCUCAAAACGGAAGCCACCUCGCAGCGGUAAAGCCGCCUCACCACGGAAGCCCCCACGAACGUCGCAUAUUAUGAGCCGCGCAGUCAGGCCAGAGGAAUGAACUCUCUAACAGGAAGAAACGGGAAAAAUGACAACGAUGAUCAAGCUGCAUUAUGACGAGAAAAAUGACGAAGAAGAAAAUAUGAUUAUUCGGUGCGCCGACUACGAGACGUUCAAAUCCUAUGUACUAAAAAAAUACGACAAAAUAUACGAAAUUGUAAACUACGAAAAUGAGAAUAUAAAUUAUUAUAGCGUCAAAUGGAUCAACUUCAUAAACAGGAGAGUACCAAUUUUGCUGCAAAAUAAAAGCGGGCCAUGUCCUCUCCUCUGCAUUACGAACAUUCUGCUUUUACGUAACCAGUUACAGAUUGACAAGAAAAUAAAAAAAAUAUCGCAGAGCUUCCUCGAAAGUAAAAUUAUGAACAUACUGCUCGAGUCCAAUAGGAAAAAUGUGACUGAUAACACCGCGUCGUGUAAUUAUAGGAAAAACAUAAUCGAGUGUGUGGAUAUUUUGCCCCAGUUAAAAUACGGACUGGAUGUUAAUUGUAAAUUUACGAAUAUUCAUUCUUUUGAAUACACCAAAGGGUUGUGCAUUUUUGACAUGCUCAACAUCCCACUGUAUCAUGGCUGGGUCAUCUCGUCGGACGAUGUGAUGUUCUACUCCUACUUGAAAGAUUAUUCGUAUAAUGUUAUUAUAAAUAAAAUUGUGAGAUAUAAUGAAUACUACGAGAGGAAGAAGAAAAAAAACGCAGACGAGUCGUCCAAUGAGAAAACCACCAUUUUGUACCAACUGGAGGAUGUGAAGGAGGAAAAAAGGGACGACUGCGAUUUGGGAAAGCCUUGCGAGAGGGAUGCGCUCAUGGAUGGCCCGACAAAUAACCCAGGAGCAGCCUCCAACAGUGAUCCGAAAGGCAUCCCCAACGAUGCCGCCCACGAAUUAGCCAAAGGAACAAGCAAAAGUACAGAAAGAAAUGAUAAAAAAAAAAGCAUAAAUGGUAUACCCAUCUUUCCAGAUGAUCUUGACCUUGACCUUGACCAAAUUUCAGAAGAAAAUUUCAAAACGACAUCAUUUCAGGAUAGCUCCUCUGUUCACGUUAGUACUGUCUCCCCGUUGGAUGCAGACACGGCGAAAAAAAAGAACCCAAACUUUGGCAAAAAAAACACAAGCGCGGAUGCGUGUAGUAGUAGGAGGAGGACCCACAGCAACGUGAUUAACUUGAAGCAGACCUGCUCCAUAGAUUUGGAAAAAGGUGCAAAUAAGUACAGCGUCGAAACGGGGAGGAAGUCCGACGGAUUUUUUAUAAAGGAGGGUAAAACGCCAAGCAAUUUGGCCUUCCCUGCAAAAAAGAGCAAUGCCAAUAGGAAUACCUCCCUUGGUGGUAAUGCAAAUAUUAGUACCCUUGCCAAUGUUGUUAGCCCCAUCAGCAGUGAUAACAGCAGCGGCGAUGUGAACGUGGUAAGUACGCCCAAAUUUCCGGAGGACCCCCUGCCGACCACCUCCACCAGUCUCAUUCCAAUAGGAUACUCUUCUGAGGGAAAUACCCAAGGUAGAUCCAAAAAAUCUAUCUUGGAUGAAAAAGCCAUCAGAAAUAAUGAACUCUUUAUGGAAUCUAACAAAAUAGCUAGCUUGACUAGCGAAACGGCAAAUGCAGAUAUAGCAGAUAAUUACACAGAAAAUAGUGAAAAUUUUAUUAUGAAAAAUUACAACACAGAUAUAAAUUUAACUCCAUACGAAAUUCACGAAGCGUUAAUCAUUUCUGAAUUUCUGGAAACGUACAAAACGCAGUUAACCCUAGUUGGGUUGAAAUUAUUGCGAGAAAAUUUGAACCCAAAUCAACUUGUAGCCUUUUUCAGGAAUAACCAUUUUAACACCCUUUUUAAAUAUGAAAAUAAAUUGUUCCUGCUGGCUGCAGACAUUUCCUUUCUACAUUUGAGUUGUACAUGGGAAUUAUUUGACAACGUAGAUAAUGACACCUCCUACUAUGAUAACAAUUUUAGGUGCAUAUCGAAUCAGAAGAAUUUGGAAAAUAAUUUAAACCAUUCCAUCAUUUAUUUGAAGAAUUAUGAUAGGGCUAGUGCCAAAAAUAACACGCAUUGUGUCAAGUCGAAUACGUCCCUUUCUAAUAGCAAGAAGAAGAAGAAAAAGUGUACCUUUAUGUAGGUUGGUGCGCUUGCGCGUGUGUUAGGUCCUGCUUGGGCGGCACGUUUGCCCUUUAGAAGUGCGUAUAAUAUGUGCGUAUAAUAUGUGCAUAUAAUAUGUGCAUAUAUGAAUGCCCGCACAUGUGUGCAGGUCGCAAGCCGGUAUAUGACCCAUUUGCGCAUUUUUACGUAUGUGUGAUUAUCCCCCAUUUUGGCUUUCACUUUUUUUUUCUUUCACUUUUUUUUUCCUUCACUUUUUUUUUCUUUCCUUUUUUUUCAAAGUGCCAGAGCGAAUUUUCGCCUCUUUCGUAUAUCCACUCCCCCCUAGGCGUUGUCCCCACAUGUGUGCCCCCGCAUGUGUGUCCGCACAUGUGCCCCCCAUUUUAAAUAUGAAUGAUGCCUAAAUGUGUUGUGCAUGCAUUUACGUCUCCCCUAAUUAAAUUUCCCACUUCAACGAAGUGGUGAUGUGUAUAUUUAUGUAUAUGUCUUUCUUCGGUGCAUGUGCAUGUGCUUGUGCCUACUUGUGCGCACACGUACAGGUACAGGUACACGUACACGUACACAUGCAUAUGUAGUAUAUG